AUGGAUGGGGCGUUAAUACACCGAUGCAUAUGCGCCUCCAGCUCUAGCGUAAGGAUUUUCCGUGGCCUGUUCGUCAUAACAUGCUCACGUAUCUCGCCCAGUACAACUGACCACGACAGGAAAUUAAAAGAGUGGUUCCUGGACCACGGGUCAAACCCUAACCAGCGAUGUGAUAGUUACAGAGAUUGCACGCCGUUAUUAGUGGCAUAUAGAGAGACUGACUUUUCAAUUGUCAAACCUCUACUCAAACGUGGUGCCUCUCUACAACAGGGCCAGAUUUUGCACUACGCGGCGAUGUGUGAACUGGAUGAUCGUUUCGAUAUUCUCGAUUACCUUGUCCGAAAGGGUCUCUCGGUCAAUGAUAUUAUGUACCCAAAUUGUGGCGAUGAGUACUAUUUCAACAUGUACAGUAGUACAGGGACGCCCCUUCAUCAUGCUGCUGCAAAAGGUCUGCUUGAUUCGGUCAUAUUUUUGAUUGAAAACGGAGCAUCUCCGCGAAUCAAGGACCUUGGUGGUAGAGUUGCUCUGGAGUGGGCUGAAGCCAAUGGCCGAUCACUCGUGGCUGAGUUUCUCCGCCCAUUGUCUAUCGACUGUGGCCUGGAGACCGCCUCUCGAUUCACAGCGGAAAAUAGGCGUCAUUUCAACACUGUUCCCAUGGAGAGGUUCUUGAAGGAAAGUAGUUAUCAAUUGGUCUAG